UUCUUGGAAUUACAAAAAGUGUUGUCAACGUGAAUUAUAAUGUUCUUAUGUCGUUGUCUCUAAUUUCUAUGUAUUAGAAACUUUUUUGUCUAUUGAUUGUAAUAUUGUCUAAAUUUCACCCUAACAUGACAUUGCACAUCUCCAUAAGAUUUUUUCGAUUUUGUACGUUUCAUAUGCGCAAAUUCUAAUAAACAUUAUUGAGCAUAUUAUUGAUAACUUUAACACCAAAAGUAUAGUCGUGUAUGUUGAAAAUGCUAGCUAUAUUAAUUCUUUUGCAAAUAAUUUGAGUGGGUGAGUCAUAAACAUUUUUUUUUCUUUUGGUCUGUUACAGAUAGUUAUGUCAAUUUUAAGCCAAUCUAAACCAAUGAAAAAGGUUCCGAUCAUUGGCACUAUGCCUAUUAUCCUCGAUAUGAAUGUUGAUUCCUCUUCUGCGUCAGAAGGAGAGGAAAGUGGAGAAACAAAAGAAAUAGCUCAAAGCCUUGCAUGUUUAACAUCUCAAAAUGCAUACCAUGUUGCUCCACAGCUCUUGUACGAGCUUCAGGUCGAGAUUUUUGCCCGUGUUCCAUGCCCUGAGUAUUGGAAACUACAAUUUCUCAACAAACAGUUUUCACAGUUGCUGAAAAGUAGUGAAAUUUUCCGAACGAGGCGAGAGCUCGGACUUGUGAAACCGUAUUUUUUUAUGCUAUCAAGCAAUGAUAGGCGUUGGACUAUGUUUGAUGAGGACUUCAAAAGUUUCCAGAGACUUCCAAAGCUCUCUUCUGACAUUAAUUUUUUCAGUGGUGAUAAGGAAACUAUUUGUGUGGGUACGCAACUAAUCGUCAUCUGGAGAAAUAAGGAGGGCAUUACGGUGUGGCGUUACGAGCUUGCAAUGCACAAAUGGUUCAAAGGUCCUGAGAUGAUUACACCGAGAAUCAUGUUUGGUUCCGCAAGCCACGGGACAAACGCCUUUUUUGCCGGCGGAUUUAAGAUAAGUAAAAAUGGGGUUGAGGUUGUAAGCAUAGUAGAAAAGUACAAUGCCGAAACAAAAACAUGGGCAUCCAUUCAUCCAAUGCAUAGACGGAGGAAACUAUGUUCGGGAUGCGUCUUGCGUGGUAAGUUUUAUGUUCUCGGCGGUCAGAAUGAGAACAACGAAAACCUAACUUGUGCAGGGCGUUACGAUGAGGAAACAGAUUCUUGGGAGUUGAUACCAAAUAUGCUUGCAGGCAUGACUUUAUCCAUUUUCCAAGCGCCUCCACGUAUUGCGGUGGUCAAUGGUAACCUCUACUUGCUAGAGACAUCACUGAAUGAGCUUCGCGUGUAUAAUGUAAACACAAACACUUGGAAGAAGCUUGGAAUUAUACCUGUGAUGGUACAUUUAACCAAAGGUUGGGGUGUCGCAUUUAAGUCAGUUAAAGAUAACCUUAUGGUGAUUGGAGCUUCGUCCAAUCGACCUCACUCUCAGAAAAUGGGGACCUACAAGUGUUAUCCAUCUCCAGACAUGGAAGAGAUUCAUUGGGAGGAGCUUUGUUGUCGUGGUGGUAGUCUUAAACAUUUUAUUCUCAACUGUUGUGUGAUGCUUGCUUAAAACUUUGUUUAUGUUGUGACGAUCUUUAUAGGUCUUGAACUUCUGGUUAUUGUCAUGUUUAUUAUAAUGUCAUUUCUAUAUUUGCAUCUUGAGCAUGUGUUAUCUUGUUUAUUUAAAGUUAAAUGUUUCUUUCGGAAAUGGGAUAACUUUUUAUGAGUUUUCUUUCUCUCUUAUCUGAGAAACAACUCUAUCUUUUCUCUUCUAUUUUUUUUGGGAACUUUACUAAAAUGACACAAAUUAAUUGUGUUAUUACUAGAAUGACUCAUAAUUUUUUUAAAUUAUUAAAAUAUUUUUCUGGUCGAAAUUGCCCUUGUUCAUAGUUAUAACAAAAAAAUAUUACCAUAGUACCCUUAACAUUUGAUCGACGGCAUAUUUAUUUUCAUAGUACCAUAGUACCCUCAAAAAUAAAUCUGUCGAAUAAUAAGUGUGUUUAUAAAAUAUGUAUGAAAAAAAGAAAUCUACUGUUAAAAUGGUGACAAACUUUCUUAAAAACGUCAGAUUUGUUUCCACGACAGAGUUAAUUGUCUGAUUUGAAUAGAAAACAAAUUUUUAAGAAUAUGUUUGUCGUAUGAGGUGACAAACUUUUAAAUUUAUGUUGUGGUAGAUUUAUUGUCGAAAUCUGGGUUUAUGUAAACCAAACUUAAUUUAAUGUUCAAUUUCAAUCUGGUUAACAUUAAUUUUGAAUCUGGUUUAUUUUUAGGUUAAUUAAGAUCAGAGAUUCAGAAUUUAUGAGAAAUUACUUGAAAUGACUAAUUACAAAAAAAUAUCUGAUUCAGUAAUUCUGAUCUUAAUUUUGUAAUUAUAGUCAUUUCAAAUAAUUUCUCAUAAAUUUAUGCAAAAUUUCUCAUACAGUUUUAAUUUUCUUUUUAGAAAAACUCUCCAAUUAACCAUCAAUAUAAUCAGGAAUGAUCCUGAAAUUUUGAGAACUAUUAAGAAAAAUUAGUUUAAAAAAACUAUAAAAGUUUAAUAAAUGUUUGUAUAAUUAUAUGUUCUUUAUAAAUUUGGAAGUUUUUUUAAAAUAUUGGAGACCAUAAGUCAGUCUUUCACCAGUCUAUGCUCAGAAUGUUUGUAUAAAUAUGUCUACGCUCAGGAGUGUUUCACUAGACUCUAUGUUCCAGGACAUGUCCUAAAUAUAAUUUUUAAAAAAUCUCUUAAUCUUUUCGCUUUGUGGAACUCACUUUUCUCAGUGACAGAUGCUCAGAAUCCAGAGCAUUGUGAAAAGCUAAAAACUGAUGAUAAGCCAUUUGUACAUUCAUAUCUAAAGAUUAGAAGCACAAAAAGCCUUCAGAUGAAGUAUACAAUGUAGAAACGGCAAACAGAGUACGAGAAAAGACUAUGGAGGCUCUAUAGUAGAGCUGAUUCCCUCAACUCAGACCAAACAUGUUCUCCAACAGCUUCUUCCACCAUUUGAAUGUUGGACAAAAAACAAUUAUGGUUCAUGCUCUUAUUCUGAACUGGGAUUUUUCCAACCUCAUACAAACGAUGAGAAUACUUUCUCAUAUCCGUAGAAGAAGCCAUACCUGAAAAAUAAAGCACUUCACAAGCUAUUUUCUUCUCUACAAAGCAGUACAAGCCAAAUUAUAACAAACCCCAGUAGUGAAAUAUGAAAGCCAAGUUUGUUUUGACAAAUACAACACUCAGCUACCAUAUACAAAGAAAACGCAAACCGAAAUAAAUAAUUUAGCUAAUGCUAGUGAGAAUAUCAUAAGAUAGCUUGAGUGUUCAGAUCACAUUGAGAAAGUUAUCAAGUCAAGAAGAAGAUAACACUGAAUCUCAGUACAAAUAAUUAUAACGCUAUACUUCGAACACGAGUCCAAGUAAGUGAGUAACGACGAACCUAAUGGAGCAACUCUGGCUUCUUUAAUGGUUUAAUCUCUUAUAUAAAGCAGAAAAGAGUUAUAUCUUUCUCACAAGACAUAUCAACCAAACUCAACAGCAACAAUGAGAGUAAAGAACUCACAAAACGUCUACCAAGAUAAUGUCGAAAUUGGGAUUUAGGGUUUUUGAAAUUAAACAUCUCAGUCAAACAAUAUAUGUUAAAAAAAAAAGGUGUAAUAACUACUUGGAAUUGGAUAGAUUUAGCAAUUACAUUUGAAAUUAGGAUUUAGGGUUUACUUGAAAGAGACAAUGGCUACUUGCGGAGGAGAUGUCGAAAUCGAAGGCGGCUGUGACGGAGAUGUUAACGGAGUGAGAUAGGGACGACGGCGACUCUUCAUUGGAGAUUGCUCUACCUAAGUUUUUUUGUCGAUGUCGUGACUCGUGAGAGAGAAACCCGACAAAAACAAAGCUUUCUUCUUCUUCUUUUUGUCGAUGUCCUUUUGAUAUCAAGUUAGAGAUGGGCAAUUGAGUAAAUUUGCUUAUAUCCAAUUUUAAUCUAGUAAUUAAAAUUUAACAUGAGUCAUUCUAGUAAUUUCUAGAUUAAUUAGAAGUCAUUUCAAGUAAUUUUUGUUUGACAGUACUAUUCUAUGACAUUAUUCAAUUUCUGUCAUUUCCUUGGCAUGUCUAAGUAUGAUGCUUGAAAUCUUUUGGCAGUCAGGAUUGAUGAUUCUUCCAAUAAGAUUGAGUAGUUACUUUCAUAUGAAAUCUAUUCUAGUAGAUCCUAAUAUCGAAAGGCACAUCUUCUUCUUCCAAAGACAUGGCCAUGAAAGUCUUAUUCAUAGCUAAACACAUCUCUUACUAUUUCCUCAUUUAAACUUUAAUUAAUCACAAAGUCAUAACAAGUGACUUAGAGUUAAAAAAAAAAAAAAAAA